CUAUAAAAACUCCCAUCACUCCUCCCCUCGGUUCACCAGUACAAGCACCAGCAAAGCUAUAGAAAUAUGAGAAGUGGCUCACUCGUCUCCUUUGCCUAAAAGACAGACGUGCUGCUAACCCUUUCAUUUACAAUAACUGCUUCUAUUCUCAGCUCUUUACUUUUUUCAUUUACUUCCAAGAUUUAUGUCACUUUUUAACUGAAACCUUAAUACUUCAUAUUUUCAUUUGGAAGAUGGACUCCUCAAAAGUCAGUAUUCUUUUACUGCAUCUUCUUAUCUUCCUUAUACAUUGUAUUUUGGAAGGCACCUGCCAACACCAGAGAAUAGCUGGUGGUCCAAACCCAUGGAGGCAGAGAGUGCAGUGGCAGAACAAUGGGAGAGUAUACAGUCUAUUGAGCCAAGGCUCUGAGUAUCAGCCAUCCAGGAGAAGAACCUCUACAUCUGGUUCAUCUAACAGCCCCUUGGUGCUACUAAGCAGCAGAAAUAGUACAUCUCCAGGAGCUUCAGGGAGACCACAAGCUUCCAGACCUGAAAGCCCUCAGACUGAAGUUCGACAAACCACAGGAACAAAUCAGGCAAGUGAGACUGCAGGUCGACUCUGGUUCCAAGCCGGAAGACAAAGAAGUCAAGGUGAAGAUGCUUCUCCUAAACAAAGAAAUACACAAGAGAGUGCUACUGAUAGGAGACAUGCUCCUUCACAACGAUCAAGUCCACAGCAAACACAAAGAGUAAAUGCAUCUGCUAGCAACAGAGACAGACUGGACAUGAUGCAAGGAGAUGAUCCCUAUAACCCUUACAAGUACAAUGAUGACAAUCCCUAUUACAACUACUAUGACACCUACGACAGACCAAGGUCAUCCGACAGGCAACGACCUGGCUACGGUACCAGGUAUCACCAGUAUGGGCUCCCAGACUUGGUUCCAGAUCCCUACUACAUCCAGGCCUCCAUUUAUGUGCAAAAAAUGUCCAUGUACAGCCUGAGAUGUGCAGCUGAGGAGAACUGCCUUGCAAGCUCGGCCUACAGCUCAGAUGUGAGAGAUUAUGACCAGAGGGUGCUCCUCCGCUUUCCCCAGAGAGUGAAAAAUCAAGGCACGGCUGACUUCCUGCCAAGCAGACCCCGCUACUCCUGGGAAUGGCACAGCUGCCACCAACAUUACCACAGCAUGGAUGAAUUCAGUCACUAUGACUUACUUGAUGCAUCGUCACACAGAAGAGUGGCUGAAGGGCACAAGGCCAGCUUUUGUCUGGAAGAUACCUCCUGUGACUACGGUUACUACAGGCGAUUUGCAUGCACUGCACAUACUCAGGGACUGAGUCCUGGCUGUUACGACACCUACAACGCUGAUAUUGAUUGCCAGUGGAUUGACAUCACAGAUGUAAAGCCUGGAAACUAUAUUUUGAAGGUCAGUGUGAACCCAAGCUACUUGGUUCCAGAAUCGGAUUAUUCCAACAACAUUGUCCGCUGUGAUCUACGAUAUACUGGUCAUCAUGUAUACGUUUCUAGCUGUACAAUUUCUCCCUAUUAGACUGCAGUAAAGAAGUCAUUUCAAGGUUCGAUUAUGCCGGAGUUACCAAGUCAUUGGAUUCAAUUGGAUGUAAACACUUUUCAAUGGAAGCAUAUGGACUUUGACAAGGCCAUAACUGGAUUCUAACCACAUGUAACAAAGUUAGCACUAUUUUAAUAUAUAGAUCUAGUUGAUCUGUGUAGGAAUAAUUAGAUUAUUUUUUUUUUGAUACAGAAGAAUAAUUCAGUGAAGCAAAACGAUUCUGUAUCUGUACACAAUAAGACCCAACUUGUUUACCCUAUAUGGAGUAUUCAGCAUUGUAACAACUGAGCAAAAAAAAAAAAAGGCCAAGUGUAAAAUGUUUAUGGCCAACAAAGUGAACUACUCAUGUUCAUUAAUAGUACAUUUUAGGCCUUCUUAGUUGGUACAUCUGGUAUUGUACGAACAAAAACAAGCAAAAAAAAAAAUA